CAUCAUCAGAAUCAUUAAUUUUGCUCAAUAAAAAAAAAAAUUUUUUCUCUCUCUCUCUCUCUCUCAUUUGGAUCUUAGUCUAAUCUACUAUAAUUAUUUGAAUCUCGAAUUCAUUGUUGAUCUUAAUAAUAAUAAAAUGGAAGCCAUUGCUAAACAUGAUUUCAAUGCAACAGCCAAUGAUGAACUUAGUUUUCAUCGUGGUGAUGUAUUAAAAGUUUUGAAUAAAGAAGAAGAUAUUAAUUGGUAUAAAGCUGAAUUGGAUUCACGUGAAGGUCUUAUUCCAAGUAAUUAUAUUGAAAUGAAAAAUCAUGAUUGGUAUUAUGGCCGUAUAACAAGAGCUGAAGCGGAAAAAUUAUUACAUGAUAAACAUGAAGGAGCCUUUCUUAUACGUGUCAGUGAAUCAUCACCAGGAGAUUUUUCCUUAUCAGUCAAAUGUCCUGAUGGUGUACAACAUUUCAAAGUUUUACGAGAUCAAAAUGGAAAAUUUUUUCUUUGGGUUGUUAAAUUUAAUUCAUUGAAUGAAUUAGUUGAUUAUCAUCGUACAUCAUCGGUUAGCCGUAAUCAAGAGGUUAAACUUAAGGAUAUGCGACCAGAGCUAAAAGUACAGGCAAUGUAUGAUUUUUUCUCACAAGAAUCUGGUGAACUUGAAUUUCGUCGUGGUGACAUAAUCAGUGUAAUUGAUCGUAGUGAUCAAAAUUGGUGGGAAGGUGAAAUUGGUACUCGAAAAGGUUUCUUUCCGGCUACAUAUGUUGAACCUUAUUUUGGACAAGUGGAUGGACAACAACAACAACAACAACAAUAAUAAUAAUAAUAAUAAUAAUACGUUAAUCAAUUUGAUUUCAAAUUUUUUUUUCUUCUUUUUGCGAUUUUAAUCAUCGAAUUCUCUACUACUACUACUACUAAUUAUUAUUAUUAUUCAACGCUGACAACAUUCGAUUGAUCAGUCAGUUUUUUUUUCUAUAUCUACAAAUUAUUUUACACACCCCUCUCGUCAUGAUGGUCAACUGACAACCAAAAA